AUGCCACCUCAAUCGCACCUCCAACCACCAUCACCACCAUCACCGCCGGCUCCAGGCGCAGGUCUUAAUGUGAUUGCCCUCAUCUCCGGCGGGAAAGACUCUCUCUACUCGCUCCUCCACUGCAUCCGCAACGGCCACAGAGUGGUCGCAUUAGCGAACCUCCACCCCGCCGCCAAUGCGCAGCCAACAAGCACCACCAGCACCGACGCAUCACCAGUAUCAUUAUCUAAUCCGCUACAACAUGUCCCGGAAGAAGAGGAACAAGACCUGGACAGCUUCAUGUACCAAACUAUCGGCCACAGCAUCAUCCCCCUCUACGAGACCGCCCUCGGCAUCCCGCUCUACCGCCAACCCAUCCGCGGCGGCGCCGUCGACACCUCCCGGAUCUACCGCUUGCAAGCCGAGGACCAAAUGGCGGACUCUCCCGGCCGUCAGGACAGCAACAACAACACAAACCUCGCCGAGGAACAAGAAGAUCAGGAGGAGGCCGACGAAACCGAAUCCCUGAUCCCGCUGCUGAAACGCAUCAUGCAGGCCCACCCGGAGGCCAACGCCGUCUCCGCCGGCGCCAUCCUCUCGACGUAUCAGCGCACCCGCAUCGAGAACGUGGCCGCCCGGCUGGGGCUGGUGCCCCUGGCCUGGCUGUGGCAGUACCCCGUGCUGCCGGAUCGGCGGGCGACGGAGGCCGGCCUGCUGGAGGAUAUGGCGGCGGCUGGGUGCGAGGCGCGGAUCAUCAAGGUUGCGUCGGGCGGGCUGGAUGAUGGGUUCCUGUGGGGGGAUGUGGCGGCGGCGGAUGGGCGGGUGCGGGGGCGGAUUGUCAAGGGGAUGAGAAGGUUUGCGGACGCGGAGGAUAUUCGCGGCGCCGUGUUGGGGGAGGGCGGCGAGUAUGAGAGUCUGGCGCUGGAUGGGCCGGCGUGGUUGUGGAGGUGUCGGAUCGAGGUUGCUGGGUGGGAGGCUUGUGUUGGGGAUGGUGGCGUGGGGUUUGUGAGGUUGAAGGGAGCGAGGUGUGUGGGUAAGGAUGGGGAGGGCGACGGUGAGGGUGAUCGGGGCGGUCCGGAGAGUGUGAGGCGGCCGGAUUUGUUGGAUGAGGGGUUUGAGGAGGUUUUGGAGUCUGUCUUGGGGGCUGAAGGUGCGUUGGCUGCUACGGGGGACGACGAGGAGGAGAGGAGCUUGCUUGAUGUGGGCUCGAGGGGCUGGAGUGAUGGGCUUGAUCCGGUUCAGACUACGGAUGGGAGGACGUGGGUGAUUGCUAAUGUCACGGCGCCUGAGGCUGGUCCCGGCGCUGGUGAACAGAUGAAGGCUAUUGCUGAGAAGAUUCAGACGAUUCUGCGCUCCUCCUCGAGCCGUGAGCUUCCUCGGACGACGGCUGAUAUUGUCUUCACUACGGUGUUGCUUCGCUCCAUGUCAGAUUUCCCCCUGAUGAACUCCAUCUACGUCUCGAUGUUCAAGAAGCCAAACCCCCCGGCGAGAGCUACGGUCGCCUGUGGUGCUAGCCUCCCAGAAGGCGUGAGUAUCAUGGUGUCGGCGGUGGUGGACUUGGGUUCGAGGGAGCAGCGGCAAGGCCUUCAUGUUCAGUCGCGUUCUUACUGGGCUCCCGCAAAUAUUGGGCCAUACUCGCAGGCCAUGUCGGUACCUCUGCAGGGCCCCGAGCAAUUAGUGUACAUCGCUGGCCAGAUUCCUCUCGAGCCGGCCUCGAUGGAAAUAUAUGGCCUCGAGGAGACGUGGUUCAAGGGCUUUUCUUCGCGAGCGGUCCUGUCUCUUCAACAUCUAUGGAGGAUCGGUGUGGCUACCAACGUCGACUGGUGGUUGGGAGCUGUCGCUUUCCUGACGGGAGCCGAUCAUAUCAGAGAGAGAGCUAAGAUAGCUUGGAAUUUGUGGGAAACAAUGCACCACAAUCAAGAAGAGGAAGAGGAUGCCGACGACGAGUCGGGUCUGGAUGCGUGGGAUCUCAAGUAUGGUGGACGAGCCCACGAGCAGGUCAAGGGUGUCUCGAAACCCGGACUACCGCGGUUCGAUGUGGUGCAGUCGGAAGGAUCUAUGAUCCCUGCUUUCUUCGCCGUGCAGAUAGAAGAACUGCCUCGAGGAAGUGAUAUUGAGUGGCAGGGACUCGGUUUCCGAUGCGAUAAACUCAAAAUAACCACUGAAGAGCUGGAGUAUGGACGUCAGACCGUGGUGACCACUGGCCAGGAUUUGGGCUACAUCGGCAUCGAGGUGGAUGCGAAAUGGUCUGGGCCUGACUUUGAGUCUUGCCUCCGGUCGAUCCUGCAGAACUCCACGCAAGGGUCGAAGAGCCCCCAUGUAGUCAUAUACUCGACCCAGCCAUUGUCCAAUGAUCCAUCCUGGGGACAAAUCGUUCCCUGCAAAUCGGCUUGGGGAUCGAAGGGUCGGCAGCUGGCCGCGGGGAGCCAGGAGGAAGAUGGGCUACUUCCCAACAGAGAUCCUGCAUCGGACCCCGAAGCUCACGAUAAUCUCCGACACUUCUCCCGAUCGCCCCAUCCUUACACUCGCCCGGGUUCGUCGCUGCCUGUGGACCCCGGCGACCGAGCGAAGCCCUCCCGCUGGCCCCGGACCUCGAGUGACAGCGGCACAGAAGCCGACGAUGAGAGUACAGGUCUUUUAAGAGGGUUGCCGGCCCCUCCGCUGCGACCGCGAAAAGGAUUGCGUUCGAGCAUCCAUGGCGCAGGCGAGAUCGAUCAGUGGCUCCCCAUCUUGCGCCCGUGGCCGUCGAUAACACGGUCCACCUCGCGGAGUUCGCGGCGGAGUUCUGGAGAGGAUGCGGAAGUCGGGCCAGCCGAGCUACGUGAACAGGAAUACCGCAGAAAACGGGUUGCCAUCCUACAAAGGCUACUGGAAACCGCACUACUGCUCUCAGUGGGGGUUGUUGUCCUGGGACAGGAGAGCGUGAGAGUGGCUGCUUGGGCCUGGAAAAAAGAGCUUGCCACCUUUUUGGUCAUCGUGAUCGGUCUCUACACCGCAUAUCCUCUGCAUCGCGACGGCCGCCCGCGACUUUCUCGCCUGUCCACCUUUGUCGUCCCUUCCGCCUUCGAUCCCGCUCCGUUGCUUUACCCCGUAUUGAUACCCAUCUACGUUUCGCUGUCUCUGGCGCAUCACAGCCCUUCAUUGAUACUGCCUAAUAUUCUUCUCAGUCUUUCAUCUCUCCCUGUCAAAGUCGUUCCGCUGCGCGAAUGGAUCUACGGUUAUAGUGUUGUCCAUUGGCUGGUCACAUUGAUCCCGAUUGUCGUUUCGGAGCAUCUGUCGGCAGGUCCUUCAUGGCCGAAACCACUAACUCUUCGUGGCCUGGACGCGGAAGUCUUGACUCUUAUUUUUCCUUUCCAUCAAGCGUUGAUACCCACUCUAGAUUUCUUGUUGACUACCAGCAUCCUUCCCGCAGAGCUGCAGCUUCUAACCACCGCUUUAAUCAAUCUGUACUUAUUUGCAACAUCCCCCCAGGCCGAAAUCCUCAAGGCGUUGCUAUGGCUGGGAGGCAUGUGCACCUUCAUCGCUUGCCGGGGUGUGCUACGAUGGGAGGUUGCCUUGGCUCGAAUCCCGACCUGGAAGUUCCGGCGAUCCCCUAGUGCUUCGCAGUCGCCUCGCAGCAUCUUCAACGCGAUCGAUCACAAACUCUGCCAAAAGCUCAGCAGAACAGGCUCCUCGGAAGAUAAUCUUUCUGAUAGUGAUUCGGCCGAUGGGGGUUAUGUGCUGGUCUCCCGCAAAACGAUGUUCGACUCGCGAGACAAGACGCUGUCCCACGGGCUAAGCAUCGGCAAGCACAACAAUACGGGCAUGGAGGGUACUCGCCGGCGAUCCCGUACCGCGCAUCGCCGACGACACACUUUUUCGAGCUUCGACGAUGUCAAACGAGCGGAGAAAGUUAGGACGACACCGGGAGGUCGCAAAAAGCGAUCAAUGGCCCCCGGACUAGUCUCCUUCCUAUCGCUUACUGUACCUCAAGCACAAGUCCGGAAAUGGCUCUAUGCCCUGUAUGUUUACAUCGCCGUUCUAAUUAUUGUCAUGGUGCCCAUUCGGUACUAUGUCAGUGAUCGAGCAUUGCAGAAUGGGGAGCCCUUUGGGUGGGCAUUGGGGUACCUUUUCGGUAAUAUAUCUGGGUUUAGGUUCUGGGUGCUUAUGUGGGGCUUGGAGUAUUGGAUACCUCUUCCAGCUCGUCUGGACAGCGACCCCUCCAAUGCAUCAUGCCCGUUUGGCUGGGUUGAGCAUCUGCGGCAAGAUACGUUUGGGGAGGCUACUUCGCGCCUCCUGAUUGCUGCCUAUUGCAUCCUGGUACUUGUGACCGGCCUGGCUGUUGUGCUACAACUCAGUCCAAUCGCAGAGGUCGACACCCGACGCAAGGUUUUUCACGGGAUGAUGGUCUCGAUGUUCCUUCCGACCAUUUACAUUGACCCCCUGUUCUGUGCUCUCGCGUUGAGCCUCGCCUUGGCUAUCUUCCUGCUCCUCGACUUGUUCCGAGCCUCUCAGCUGCCACCGAUCUCCCGGCCGCUGACGUAUUUCCUGGCGCCCUACGUGGACGGUCGCGAUCAUCGCGGUCCCGUCAUUGUCUCCCAUAUUUUUCUUCUCAUUGGAUGCUCGAUCCCCUUAUGGCUUUCCCUGGCCGAUGUUCCUCGGACAGGAGAGUAUCCAUGGGUGGGUUGGGACGUAAUGAGUCGCGAUGUCAGCAUGGUGAGCGGCAUUAUCUGUGUCGGGAUGGGCGACGCGGCGGCUUCCCUCAUCGGUCGCCGGUUCGGCCGGCGGAAAUGGUUCUGGGGCGGGGGGAAAUCGUUGGAGGGCAGCGUGGCAUUUGCAGUCGCUGUAACCAGCGGGCUGAUUGUUGCACGAACCUGGCUUACCCUGGGCCAAUGGUCCACGGGCGGAAGUGACGGGACGAAUCUCAUAUACCCCUGGCUCCUGAUGGUGUCCAAAGCCAUUCUCGCAGCCGGCGGGACAAGCGCAACCGAAGCUAUUCUGACCGGGUGCAAUGACAAUGUCGUUGUACCGGUUGUGCUGUGGCUGUUAGUGAGAGGGCUUGGUAUUUAA